UUUUGUCUCGCGUCACAGCCAGAUGAGCUUUUGGCAGCAACGGGCCAAGGGUCUGACCGCAGCUUCUCGGCUCACUGGGCAACAACACAGUGGCUCGUGUUUAGUUAGUAAUCGUCUGGGACACCGAGGGUUACGUUACCUUUAAAAACGCCUCUCUUCGAGAGCGCACAGAUUGCAUAAGGCACGGAGACGCACAGAGACACGCCGCCAGGAGCGCUCUCUUUUGAAAACAUUUCAGAGGGACGUUGAAGAAAUAUUUGGUGUUUGUAUGUGUGUGUGUGGAAUGAUAUUUCACCCACGGGGAUGAAUUCGGUCUAACGGCGCAGCACAGCACGAUAAGCUCAGAGAAUUUGACUGCAUAGGAGGAACCUGAGGAAACUUCAAACAUCACACAGUAACAACUUGGGAAUGGCUUCGGCAAGACGCGAAUGUGCAUUCAUAUCUCCAUAGCCAUGCGUUGUUGCGCAUGAGUUGUGCUCCAUGACGAAAAUGAACCUGAGAAGAAGCAGUUAUUUGACAUACUCAGCUUCGUUUCCUCUUUUGGCCACGACAAAGCCUCAUAUCUAUGGUUGAUAUUUUUCCACAGUGUUGCCUCGUAAACCGUGCAAAUGCUGGAAUGGUUUGGUGCGCUGUUGAUCAUAUUGUUGGUGGCUGCCGUCAUUUGGCCAGCCUCAAAAUAUUUAGGAUUACCGAGCCAGUCGACGACGACGGGUGUCCAGGGACUUGGCCAGUUGCGCCGAGAAUGGAGGGAGAAAGUGGCGGAGAAAUGCAUCCCCAACCGCGGCGGUGACGGUGGAGCAGCGGGGCAAGGUGUGGACGGAUCACCAGGUGAAAGCCCUGCAGUUGCACUCAUUUGCAAGCCCUCGGCGCUCGCCAACUACCUGCUGAAACACUGCGUAACUUUCUGCAAAUUGCGCCCGUGGCCGUGGUGGAAUUGGAGGGCGAGCCCAUUGCUGCAAAGCCUCCUCGGCAUCUGCUGGCCCCACGACUGUUCUGUGCACUUCGUCCGGGACCAUCUCCAGAUGAGCGACGAUGGCAUCGUAGCGCUGGACUGGGCAGUGGCCGCCUCCGCCUCCGUGCACAAGAGGAGGCGAACCUCCAGCAACUCCACCAGCCCCAUCCUCAUCAUCAUCCCAAACUCCUUUGGGAAAAUCACCAGGAAUGUUGUGAAGCUGUGCGAGGUGGCUCUAACGCACGGCUACCUGCCCGUCAUCUUCAACCGCCGCGGCCACAACGGCACGCCGCUCAGCACCCUCAAGCUGCAGCAGUUCGGCGACCCGGCGGACCUGCGCGAGGCCGUGCGCUACAUCCGCUACCGGCAGCCCGCCGGACGCCUGUACGCCGUGAGCGAGAGCACGGGUUCGGGCCUGCUGCUCUCCUACCUGGGGGAGUGCGGAUCCUCCAGCUACGUCACGGCCGCCGCCUGCCUGUCGCCCGUCUUCCGCUGCCAGAGCUGGUUCGAGGGCGGAGGAGGAGGUGGUGGUGGUGGUGGUUUUACUGCCUGGCCGCUUCACUGGGCGCUGCUGCUCUACCAGAAGACCUGGCUCAGCAGGUACAGGACUGUGCUCGGGGACACCGUCCAGACAGACGCCCUCUUCUCUAGCGCCACCUUGAGGACCAUGGAGGAACUCCUCUUCUGCCACCACCCCCAUCCCCACCCCAGCCCUCCAUCACUCGACCCAGGCAGCAGCAGCAGCAGUAGUGAGGCCACUACCACCACCAACACCUCCUCCAGCACCGGGGCCUGGGAGUCCUACUGGGAACGCAACGACCCCCUCCGGGACAUCGACGAGGUGGCCAUCCCUGUGCUGUGCGUCUGCAGCCAGGACGACCCCGUGCGCGGGGAGCCCGAGUCCUCGCUGCCCCUGGAGCUCUUCGAGAGCAACCCCCACUUCUUCCUGCUGCUGACCUCCCAGGGCGGCCACUGCGGCUUCUACUCCGCGCCAGGAGGUGGCGCCGGUGGCGAGUCCUCGGCGGCGUCAGUGUCGUCGUCGUGGAGCCACGAGGCGCUGCUGGACUUCCUGCGCGCCACCAGCGAUUUCUUCGCGGCCGAGGAGCGGGCCAAGCAGCAGGCGGCACGGCGGCGCGGGCUCAGCGGCAGCGGGAAGGCGCUCCGCCACAGGACGGUCAGCACGUGCCGCAAGGUGCCCGCCUGCUCGCACAACAUCCAUGCCAUCUACAGCUGGCAGAGGUCCUACACCAGGUGAUGGAACACUGUGGGACUGACCGGCAGAGACAAGAAAGCCCCUGCACUGAUGACAUUUGUAGUGUUUACUUACGACGUUUCUGUAAUUGCUCAAGUAAUUGCUUGAAGAAGUUUAGUAGAUCGAAACGUUGUAAGUAAACGUGGCAAAUGUGAUCCGUGUGCGUGGAGCUUUCUUGUCUGUAGCGUUGGUGACCCAGGGGUUCCACUCCUAACACCUGGCAAAAGGAGGUCUGCAGGCAUUCUACAAAAUGGGGCUCGCUGACUCCACCAUACACCACUGACUUAUACCAUAGUGUUGUACGCCUGAGGGUUGAAAAGUUCUGGUGUCCAUGCUUCUACAGUAGCUAGAGCAAGACAUGUCUGUUGGCUCUUUAUUUAUCAGGAUCAUGACUAGGCCUCUUGGAGGGUGGUGGACCGGAGGACCACGAGUGGCUUCAGUUCAGAGAAAUUCAAUCGCAGCAAGCACAGGAAUGACUUUAGAGUCCCAGUGCACUACAAAGGUGUAUACCCUGAUGAACCUAGUUUAUUUAAAGGUGCACUGCGUAGGAUGGUGGCCAGAGUAGGUAUUGCAACUAUUGUAAAGUACUGUAAAGUUUUGCCAUAUUCCUGGAAAUAGCGGACAAUGGAGAAGAUCCCCCUUUUCGUGCAUGAAAAGUGCAAUUUUCCCAGUCUUGCUUACAAUUUGAUGUUGGUGGAAUUCAUGAAAAAGGUAACAUUUGUGAAAGGGCAGCCUGAAAUCUGGAAAUAAACUACAAAAAAAGUACACAGUGCACCUUUAAGAUGGUUGUAAGCCCAAAGGUAAAAAGAUUCUUCAUUCCUUGAGUUAAAGCAAAACAGGAUCAUGGCUGUGAUUCCAUCAGGGGAGUAGACAGGGGGAGCAUGGGAGCCACAGCCUCUUGGUUCAAGGAAAGGAAAUCACAGUGCAGGAACAACAUGGGUAUGCUCUACCACAAGGGGUAUACUGCAAAGGAGAUGAAGAAACAAACCUGGCUACAUAUUUUUUUUGUUCAGGGAAACGUGAGCACAGGACAAUUUGAGAGUAUAUUAUUACUUAAGUCCAGGAGCAGCGUUUUGCGGAACAUUUUUAUUAGAUUUGUUUUCUGAUACAUCAGAGCGAAAUGGGUUUAGGGAUAAGUAAGGGUUAACGUUCGGCGAGAAGGUCGCUACCGUGGAAUAGCAGCACAACAGAGAGAAUCUUUAGACCCCGACGCGGAGCGGAGGGGUCUUGUUCUCUCUGAAGUGCUGCUAUUCCACAAAGCGACCGACUCGCCGAAAGUUAACCCACUUAUUAUAUGGAUAUACUUAAAUGAUUCACACAUGGCGGGGACAUUUCUUUAGGCCUAUUUAAUGUGAAGUCUAGUUUUUAAUGUCAAAAGAUUGUUGCUGCGCAAAAACAAAACCGUGCCGUUGAACAGGUGUUGUCUAUCACAGCAGCAGAUUAGAGUCUUGUUGAAAAGUCGCUUUAGCAGUGAAAAGUCUUGUUGCCAUUGACAGCGGUCUGUUAUAGACCAACCCGUCCGUUAUCGAAAAAUAACAGACGUGCGAACGUUGGGGAGCCCCGUUGAAAUGAAUGGAGCAUUCGACCGAUGACGUCACAACCAUAUAAUAAAGUGAUGAUAAACCUGGUUUAGUUUCUGCAUAGAUCGAAGUAAACUUCAUCAUAGAAGAGUCCAUCUUCAUUCUCUGAAAAAAAAAGAAAAUUAAGAUGCCUGUUCUUCCUCUAUUGGGUAAAGUAAAUCAGGUUUCUUUUUUUUCUCAUCCACCUUUGUAGUGCACCCCUUAGGUAAAAAAAAGAUAUUUGGGACAAUUUUGUGGGGAAUGGUUUAUUCAGUUCAAUAUGCUGAGUCAGUGGUCUUAUCAAGGAUGUUUCAUAUUUCCUUCAUACUGUUGAGCAGUCGCAUUACAACUACAAAAAAGCAAUUGGGAACAAUAAGCAAUUGAACAAUGUUCCUUUGUUGUAUUGUUAUCAUGAACUGUACUGUUAACAUUUCCAAGACACUUCACAAGGAAGUACAUUCACACGGUGCACUUAUCACGUCUUGGUGUUCAGUGGUAUUUUUUCUCACACAAAGUUGCCAAGUUGUAGCAGUGUUUAUUUUUCUCCAGUGUCCUCUAUACCAAAUGUUUCAUAUUUCACUGUCAGUGAAGGACAUCGCUGAUAACAAAGUGUCCAUUCUGGUGAAGGAGCGGACGUAAACACGCACAGGAUAGAUUACAAAGUGCUUUGAUCACAUGGAGGAAUAAUGCUUUCCUUUUCUCAGCUUUGGCAGACAAUGGGAGUUUGUGUGUGCGUGAUGGUGACUGGUGAAAACACUGACGUCUGAGUUAUGAAGACCACAGGACAUGAUCAAGGUGUCUGAGCAUCUGGAACUGAUAUGACCUGGCAGGAGAAGGAAGUCUCUGGAAGAAAUGAUGUUAUGUGGCGAUGAGAGAGUGCUACAGAGAGGGCCGGAUUAACACACAGGAUAGAUAUGGCUACAACCCUAGGGCCCCCCACCUGCUAGGGGGCCCCCUGGUCAGCCAAAAGUUAAAGAUGGCAGAAUUGUGACCAGAUGCAAUAUUGAAAAAAAAUAAUCGUGUUGAGUUGGUAUACAUAUUGUCCUUAAUUCCUAGCUCAUAAUUUGGCACUAUUAUGGCAUUAUUUGGUCACAAAUUGCCUUCGAGGGGGCCCCACAAGCAACCCUGUAGCCUAUGGCGCCCCAGGCCAUCUUAAUCCGGCCCUGAUGACAUGGCGGGGGAAGUCUCCGGAAAAAAAUGAUGUUGUGUGCUGAUGAGAGAGCACUACAGAGAGAGAGAGAAAGAGUCAUGGAGUCAUGGAGACAGAGGCAGACGCAGACAUACAGUAGGGAGGAACCUCCUAGUGGCUUUUCAGGAUCUAGUAAUUCAAUCUCUGGGUAUGUUUAUGUCAGAGGUCACACACUUCUCAUGUUCCCUGUUGGCCUACUAUACUCUCUUGUGAGUGUUUUUUUUCUAAUGUUGAAUGUCAGUCUGUACAUUUGUCGGUAAAUUAUCGUGGAGAUAAAUGGAGAAAAAUUAAAAGCAUCUAUAUUGAAAAUGAA